AAAAACUCUUAAAGUUUUGGACUUGAGUCAUUGUUCUAAACUAUCCCGAACUCCAGACUUGUCAGAAAAUAAACAAUUGGAGGUAUUUCUUCUUGAAAGAUGUUAUAAUUUGGUUACAAUUGACACAUCCAUUGGUCAUCUUAAGAAGUUAGUCAUAUUGAACAUGAAUGAAUGCUUGAGUCUAAUGCACCUCCCAACCAGCUUUGGUGAGUUGAGUUCUCUCAAAACACUUCACAUUAGAAAUGCAAGAAUCGACCAAUUACCAGAAACAUUGGGCCUCUUGGAAGCCUUAACGGAGCUAUACGUUGACUUUUCUGCAAUACGGUUACCUAUUUCUAUACGUCAUCUGAGAAACCUCCAAAUUUUAAGUACAGACUAUUAUUCUAUGAGAAGUGAAGGGUUUAUUCGUGAUGAACGUCAAAGCAAGCCUCGUAUGGGGUCGGAGAUGGAUCUGCUAGAGCUUCCACCAAGUUUGAAAUAUUUGGAUGCUUCGCACUGCAAAAUGAAAUCACUCCCAAUGCUGUCAAAUCUGACAAAUUUAGAGUUAUUGCAACUUUUUGACUGUCCAAAUUUGAUGGAGAUACCAACUACUAUCAAUGCUCUUACGAGGCUGGAGUCACUCUAUUUAGUUCAAUGCCCUCACGUACAAUGCAUCCCACAUCUUCCCUCAAGUCUGAAAUUCUUGAUAGUUCAUAAUUGUGAAAAUCUUAGAGAAAUAUCUGGUUACUCGGAUGUGGGAAAUUUAGAGAAAUUACUUCUUCGUGAUUGCUCCAAGCUAGCAAAAUUAAGCCUUGAGGGAUUAGAUUCUCUGCAGCAGUUCCAGAUUUUGGGUUGUGACUCAUUGAGAAAAUUGCCAAAACUUAGGGGCUUGAAAAAAUUGAGGUGCUUAGAGCUCAGGAGAGUUGGCUUUUCUGAGAUUGAAGUGCUUGAGGGAUUGUACUCCCUGGAAAAGUUGGGUAUAAUGAAUUGUGAAUUAUUAAGAAUAAUUCCAAAUUUAUCAGACUCGAAGAAUCUUGAGUGGAUUGAAAUUCGAGAGUGCAAUGAGUUAUCUGAGAUUGAGGGCCUUAAGGGAUUGGACUCACUGGGGAAACUGUCUAUAUCAAAUUGCCCAUCAUUGAGAAAGAUACAACUUCCCAAAAAAUUGUGUGAAUUAGAUAUCUUGAAGUGUGACAAGUUAUCUGAGAUUGAGAUUGAGGGUCCUGAGGAUUUGGAAUCUUUGACUAUAUUUCACCUCUGUUGGUGCGAAUCAAUCGUAAGAUUACCAGGCUUAUCGAACUUGAAGAUGUUAAAGGAUUUAUGGUUUUUUAACCUGCCUCUAGAGAUUAACUGCUUUGAUGGAUUGGAAUCCUUGGAAGAAUUGUGCUUAUUUGGAUCCAAAUCAUUAAAAGUUUUACCAGAUAUCUCACCCUUGAAGAACCUGAAACAUCUAUCUCUCUCCGAUUGUGAGAGAAUUUAAUCGAGAUCCCAAGUGUUGGAAGAUUGGGGUCCUCGGAAAAAUUGUAUGUAAGAAGAUGCAAAUCAAUUGAAAUAUUACCAGAUGUCUCAAACCUAACAAAACUGCAGGUAUUGGAGAUCGAGGGUUGUGAAAAGGUUACUGAAAUUCAGGGAGUAGGUAAGUUGGAAACUCUAGUGGCCUUGAGUAUAGAUGGGUGCAGUUCUAUUGAAACAUUACCAUAUCUGUCAAAAUUAAAGAAGCUGAAGAGACUAUCUGCUAACAAUUGCAAGAAGUUAAUCGAAAUUCAAGGUGCAGACGAAUUGGAAUCCUUAGAAUUGUUGAAUAUUCAUGGUUGCAUUUCUAUUGAAACAUUACCAUGUCUGUCAAAGUUAAAGAAAUUGAUGAUUCUAUAUGCUGGCGGCUGCGAGAAGUUAACCGAGAUUCAAGGUGUGAACGAGUUGGAGUCCUUAUGGAGUUUGGAUGUUAGAGGGUGCAUAUCCUUGAAUCCAUCUUGCCUGUAUAGAGAGUGGAGUCUACUUGAGAUCUGUCCUGGUCUAUGGAGAAGCUUCAACCCUCAAUCAUU